AUGGCUGUCAACAUCCUGGGAGUGGCAGUGAUGAUGGUUUUCUACCUGCUGGUUCUCGGGGUCGGGAUCUGGGCGUCUGUCAAGUCCAAAAGGGAGGAGAGCAAAAGUGCAGCUAACAAGAUGGACAUGGCCCUGCUGGGAAACCGAAGCAUAAACAAGGUGGUGGGGGCCUUCACAAUGACAGCCACGUGGGUUGGAGGAUGUUUUAUCAUGGGAUUGAGUGAGAUGACUUACACCCCCUCCAUGGGACUAACGUCAGCCAUAAUCAUGUUAACAGCUUUCUCUUUUUGUUUUAUUUUAGGUGGCCUUGUGUUCGCCAAACCCAUGAGAGACAACAAGUAUGUCACCAUGUUGGACCCUUUCAAUGUCAAGUAUGGGAAAGCAGUGAUGGCCCUUCAGUCACUGUGUGCACUGCUGAUUGAUUUUUUGUGGUUGUCGGGAUUACUGAUUGGUUUAGGUGGCACCACAAGUGUGAUUUUGGAUUUGUCCUACACUGUCAGCAUCUGGAUCUCUGUCAUCGUCAUCAUUGUCUACACACUGCUGGGCGGACUCUACUCUGUGGCCUACACUGACAUCAUACAGCUCGUCUUAAUAUUCAUCACCCUGUGGACCUGUGUCCCCUUUGUCUUCAUGAACCCCUCCUCCCUGGACAUCACCCAGACGGCCCUGAACUACACCUUUCAGGCUCCAUGGAUCAAUAAACUGGAGAGCAAGUUUGCCUGGACGAACAUCGAUGGUUUCUUAUAUCUGAUACUGCUGUUAUUUGGUAGCGAGCUGGCCUACAUCUUGACCUUCUCUCAACUCAUCUGCGCCUUGUUCUUCAGCAUCUCCAACGGUUAUGGUGCUGUUAUCGGCUGGGUGACAGGGCUGGUGUUAAGACUGCUGAGUGGAGUCCCAUUUCUGGGGGUAGCGCCAGUCAUACACUUCCCAGGAUGCACUCUUGAGGACGGCAUUUACGUCCAGUACGCUCCCAUUAAGACCAUUGCGAUGCUUGCUGCCUUCACUGCCAACUUGUUGUUCUCGUACCUGGCGUCGGUGCUCUUCAACAGAGGCCUGCUUCCUCAGUGGUGGGAUGUGUUUGAGGUGAAAGCCCCGCCCUCGCCACGACCGCUUACACCAACAGACGCUGAAGAAGGACACAACAAGAUGGAGAAGUUGGAUGAGAAACAAUCUCAUCAAGAAGCUUCAGAGCCGAUGAUUAGCACCACGUGUUAA